AACCCGGGCCGGGCCAGGAAGUCUGAGAAACCGGCCCGGGUCGGGCCGGGCCGGCCCGGCUCGGUUUCUAGUUGAUCCGACCCUAAACCGGGCCGGGUCGGGCCGGGCCGGGCCGUUGCUCAUGCCUACUUUGGAAGACUCAAAUGUGUUGCCAAUGGUAAUGGAGAAUAAGGUAGGCAUGAGCAAAACCGGGUAUUUACCCGACCCGACCCGGUUUUGCUAUACCCGACUUCGGGUCGGGUAUUUUCGGGUCAGGUACAGGUCGGGUAACAUGCCCAGGACCAAUACCUGGACCCGGGAUUUGGCGGCGGGUAAUUUUAUACCUGCCUGGCGGAUCCGGGUAUGCCCGACCCGGUUUCCUUGAUAAGCGGGUAGUAUAACCCGUGUUUUCCUACCUUGCUGGGCUAAACCUACGACCUAAAAAUGUGAGUCGAGGGAGGCAGUAAGAGGUGCACCAGAUCUUUUACAGUUCUGGUGAGUAGGGCGUGAGUGGGGAGGUGGUUGGGUUUUCUAGUUGGGAUGGGGUGGUGUGCGGUUUUUGGGGGUUUGAUAUUUUGACCCCCAGAGUCAAUUGGUUGGAACUCCAACCAAUGUGGUGCUGUGCGGUUGGCUGGAUUCAGGUUGGGUUACAAAAUCGAUGGGGGAAAUUCGAUUGGUUUGAAUUCCAACCGAUUUCCCCCAAUUCAACCGCUCUGAAUGCAUCUGGAUCUACGAAAUCCAACCCCUGCCACUCUACAAUGCUCUACGUGACCUAGCAGCUCACGUAACCUAUGAAAUUUCUCUACCAGCGCAGCCAAUGUUGCGCUGGUUCCGUCGAGUAGACACGCUACCCGAUUUCGGGUCGGGUACACGUCGGGUAACGUUUCGGGUAACGGGUAUCGAAUACCCGCCGGGGUAACCCGGACCCGACCCGCCGGGUAAUUUUCAGGAUUCCCGAUACCCGACCCGCCCUAAAAGCGGAUCCGGGUAACGGGUACCCGAUCCGGGCGGGUAGUAUGCUCAAGCCUAGAAUAAGGCAUGGGUGCACUGUAUGAACCCUAAACACAAUACAUGCACUGCCCGUAUCGACCUCACUCUGUAUGUGCCUUGCCUCAUGCACAUUCACCCUUACUUUCACUAUCGCUGCUUUCUUCUUGACAUUUCCAUCGCAAGCCUUUCCACUCCAGCUCACCACCACACAUUACACCACCCGCAUCUCUGCUGGAUUUACUCAGCUCAACGGAAAAAGCUGAGCUUUCUGCAUCACGGAAUCACACACAGAAUACUACCAGAUGCACAGACGGAAGUCUUAUCGCAAAAGCCCUUUUCGUGGCCUACGUCCUUCUGUAGUUUUCAGUGUGCUUCGUUAUAGUUCUGCUGCACAUACAUUUGAUAAUUGACCAAUUAUAGUCCUGAUCGACGAAACGCCACCCUUAAAGAGCUGGCCACAUGUUUUGUUCAGCCACCUUUCUGCACCAUUUCCACACCACUCCCACCCUUCCUCAUGCUCUGCUGCCAUCCAUCGCUUUUCUUCAGGCUGGGAUCGAAGCCUCCCAAUCAGCAGGCCUAUUCUUCCCCCAGGGACUACACUCACCCAGGGGACACGGAAGGAGACAGUGGGGAGGUUCGUGGCAAAGCCUGUGACCCUGUUUGCAUACCCGGGUGGUUCGAGCCCGGGAUGCGGCAUUGAGUUGGCCUUCAAUGCCAGCUUCACCUUCUUUCUUAUUCCCCAGUCGGGCACUGUCGGCUCCAACGGCUUUGCGUUUGUGAUCCUGGCAAAGGCCAAGGUGGGAAAACCCGAUGGUGUAGGGUAUGCUGGAGUUGGAACUCGGAGCAUAGCCAUUGAAUUCGACACGCUUCGGAAUGACAAGCAUGGUGACAUGGAGAAGCAGCAUGUGGGGCUCAACAUAAAUGGCAUGGAUAAAUCCUUGGACGCAAAAGAGUCGCCAUUCACACUGACUGAUAGUAGGGCUUACACGGCAUGGGUGGAAUAUGAGCCUGGGAAGCCUGGGACCCUUCAGGUGUUCCUGGCUGAUUCGACGGUGAAGCCAGUGCUGCCGCUGCUGAAGAAGGAGCUGGCACUCUGUGACGUGCUGCAGGCUGGUGUGCAGCAGCAGGCGUUCUUCUUUGGCUUCAUGGCAUCCACCACUGUGAAGCCGUUCCAGAAGCAUGUCAUUCUCAACUCUGCCGUGCAAACAGGCAUUCCUCUCCCACCCAAGCCAGUCAAGAUCAUAGGAGCCCGUGGACUCUCAUUAUCGGUGGCCACGUUUGCACCUUCUGGAGCCAACCCCUUCUCGCGAUAUGUGGGCGCGGGUUACAGCUGGCUGCCCUCCAACGAGGACUCGUGGCUCAUCCAUGACAAGUUCACCUGGGAUGGGGUGCCCUUCCUCGAAUGGCCUGUCAAGGACCAGGACAAUUGCACUGCCUGCUGGGCAUAUGCGGUGGUGGCAAGUGUAGAAGCAGCAUACGGCAUUGCAACGCAGGAACGCGCUCCCCAGCUGUCAGUGGAGCCACUCUUUGCAGCCAUGGGGCUAAGCGACACAGACAAGUGCACGGCUGGAGGCUCCCCCACCGAGGCCUUUGAGAAGCUGAUUACUCUUGAUGGCAGCAGUGGGCUCACAGGGGACAAUGAUCCGGCUUCAAGUUUUCCAGUGUAUGCAUUUGAGAGCACACGGUUCAAGGGGUAUGUGGGGCUCAUGCUGGCAGUGCAGCGGCAGCCGGUGGUGGUUCACAUCGAGGCUUCUGCUGCAACUUUUGUUGAAUAUGAUGGGACGUAUAAGUACCAGGACGGCGACUGCUACACUGGCAACCUGAACCACGUUGUACUCGUUGUUGGCUACUGCAUGAGAGGAGACGACGGUAGCCAGAAUCGCAUCGCUCCUCCGUUUUGGAUCAUCCGCAACUCGUGGGGAAAGUUUUGGGGCGACAAGGGCCAUAUGCGCAUGGACAUCCAAGGAGGGGAUGGCGUGUGCGGCAUCAACGUAUUGCCUGGCAUCUACCCCAUCGUCAAGAUUCCCGGGGACCCAUGCGGCCGACUCAGCUACCAGGUUCAUCAGGAGAAGGAGCCCAGCAUGAACCCGUGCGGAUGGUUCUCCUGCCACCCCACUGCGGAGGGCAGCAACCGCUGCAACUGCACCACUCCUGAAGCUACCACACAGCCUUUUGUUGAGGCGGGGAAUGGUGUCGGCUCUAACACAUGUGCUUAUGUGGAUGUGUGCGGGUCGUACUUCAAGAACCCCUGCUACGUGGGCACAUGCAUCAAUGACGGCCGGGGCUCUUACUCCUGCGUCUGCCCUCCCAACUACAUUGAAAGCAAAACUGCUUAUGACCCCCCCACCUGCGAUCCAGUCAAUACCACAGCCACAACCAUGACCGUCAGUGGAGAGAACUGGUGGUGCUCGGAUGUCUACACGAUAGUUGGCCUUUCAAUGGACUCUUUCAUCCUUCAAAACAUGGACAUAGAUUGCAACCAACCGUUGCCCAAGGAGAGUGUUCUUCAGCUGGAUGGCACCCCUCCCACACCCUGCACUGCCUUCUUCUACACCCUCAAUCGAGACACCUGUGCAUCUAUCUGCAAGCAGCUGAACUUUUCCCAGGGCAGUCUCACCGCUCUCAACCCCGGCCUUGACUGCACGAUGCCCAUCAAGGCAGGCCACUCGGUGUGCGUAGAGCGCAAUGCCACCUUCGCAUACACCGUUCCCGAGUGUGUGGAUCAUGGCGUGCUGACGCCUCAAGACACGUGCGAGCGGCUGCUUCAGAGGACCACCAGGGCUGAGCUGUACCGCAACAACCCUGGCCUCACCUGCUCCCCCAACAUCCCCCCCUCUGCCACUGCUGUCGGCAGCAACAUUGGCGUGGAGGUUUGCCUCAAAGCAGAGUACUGGCCAUUCAAACUAGGCAUGUGCAAAAAGGGUAGGGUCAAGCCAGUCUCGCCAUCGAUGGCAUGUUCAGCUGCGUACCGUUACUACGGUGGAGCUACGUCUACAGCAGUUGAUGUGUUCAAUGACUAUAAUUCCAAAUCUUGCUCCGGAAAGAUAGGAUCCAAGUAUAUUUGUGUGCCGUAAUUAUUUCAGCUUGCCUCCAGAAAAACUUGGGUUCAGCAGUCUAUGUUGUAGCAUUGUUUGAUGUGGUACAGUACGGUUCUCCCGCAAAAAUGCACG